CUCCCCGGAGCCGCUUUGUCCCUCCCGGGUGACGGCGUUGGAGGUGGCCGGGCGGGAGGCGGCCGACACCCGCAGCCCCAAGAGCCGGAGCCCCGAGAAAAGGGGCGCAAACGCGCAGGGGACCCCCAAGCCCAGGCCCGCGGGGUACCGCGCCCGCCCCGACUCAGGUGAGCAGCUCGGAGCAUCGCAGACGCCCAGCAGGAAUGAGAGGUGAAUCCUACUUCAUAGGAAUGAGGAACCCAGGACAACAAGGCCACAUCCCAGAAGAUGGAGGACUUUUCUUGCUCUGCUGCAUAGACAGAGACUGGGCUGUUACCCGGUGUUUUGCAGAGGAGGCCUUUCAAGCUAUAACUGACUUCAAUGACCUCCCCAACUCAUUGUUUGCAUGCAACGUUCACCAGUCAGUGUUUGAAGGAGAAGAGAGCAAGGAAAAGUUUGAGGGACUGUUCCGGACUUAUGAUGACUGUGUGACGUUCCAGCUAUUUAAGAGUUUCAGACGUGUGCGAAUUAACUUCAGCAAUCCUAAAUCUGCUGCACGAGCCAGGAUAGAGCUUCAUGAAACUCAGUUCAGAGGAAAAAAAUUAAAACUCUACUUUGCACAGGUUCAAACACCAGAGACAGACGGAGACAAACUGCAUUUGGCUCCCCCACAGCCAGCCAAACAGUUUCUCAUCUCACCUCCUGCAUCUCCUCCAGUUGGCUGGCAGCCUAUCAGUGAUGCCACUCCGGUCCUCAACUAUGACCUCCUCUAUGCUGUGGCCAAAUUAGGACCAGGAGAAAAGUAUGAACUUCAUGCAGGGACUGAGUCCACCCCAAGUGUCGUCGUUCAUGUGUGUGACAGUGACAUAGAGGAAGAAGAGGAUCCAAAGACUUCCCCAAAGCCCAAAAUCAUCCAAACUCGGCGCCCUGGCCUGCCACCCUCUGUGUCCAACUGAGCUCGCCACUCCGCCUGGAGGAUAAUAUCUGUCUCUUCUUUCUCAUGCUUAUUUUUCCCUCCUGUUGUUUGUCAAAAAAAAAAAAUGCCUUUAAAUCCCUGGGUGUUUGGUUGUUUGAGAUUCCUACCUUGUAAUCAAGCCUCUCGGACAAAAGGGCUAGGAAAAGGUGAUAUGUUUCCUGAUCAUAUCAUACCCAUCAAGUAUAAUCCAUUAUUUAGAAGGUUCUAGGGGGAAAAAAAGUAGUAUUUUCUUAUUAAGCAAUCAGUGCAACCUGUAUCUUCAUUCUCUCACGUUGAUCUAAGCCAGAGACAUCAGUAACAAAUAGCACCUGUGUUGUUUGUGAAUUGUUUCAGUCCCAGUCCUGAUUGUCUGUGCGCUGUUCUUUCCUGGCCACUUCAGUAGGACCAUAAGUAAACUUGACUUUGACUGCAUGAGAUAUCCCUAUCUGGUCUCACUCAGUCCUCUGCAUCCCGACAUUCCCAGGACAUGCAUGAUCACCAGCAUUUAUUUUCAUGAUUUGAGGAUAUACUAUAACUCACAGAUUGUCAGCAUCCAGCCAUGUCCUAUCUAGAUUAGGAAAAUGAUCAUCAUCCAACGAAAUAAGUCUGGGUUUAUUUACUACUUUGAAUCAAUUAUCUCAUAGCUCUGGUAAAAUUCCUGAUGGCAAAACUGAGCUUGGCCCCAAAGAUAUCCCUCAGUAGAUUUUUGAACAUCACUUCCAUCUAGAACUUUCCCAGCCUCGUUGGGGAGGCUUGUCCAGGGUGAUAGAGACCGACUUCAGACAAACCUAUUUAUUACUAAAGUUUCAUGGUGUCUGAACGAUUGUUUUUUCUCUUUGUAUAUUUGUACAAAUGUUUCAGCUGUGCUUUUAAAAUCUGGAUGUUUUUUAUUUAGUGGUUGUUCCGCUAUUAACUGCUUAAAGGCAUAAUAUGUGCAUUGCUUAUGAAUGCAUUCAUGUACUAACACAUAAACUGAUAAUAUUAUACUCUCUUAUGGAUAAUGCUGAAUUUUGAAAGGGCACAAAACUUCACAUGCCAAUAUAUAAAAAGAUUAGCCAAUAUCUUUGCUAUCAAGACCACUUGUUUUUAAAUAAAGUAAAGAUUCAAGUGUCAGUUGUAAACAAUUUGGACGAAGCUAAAUCUCCAGAACAUUGUAGUCACUGAACAUAUGGAAAGGGAAAGAAAGACAAACAUCUGCCAAGCUAACUCAUGCAAUGCCUAUAUUGCUCAAAACUUAUUUGUUUCCAUUACGUGUGAUUUUUCUAUUUCUCUAGCCCAAAGUGCAUUACAGAAGAUACACCUAUAGAACCAUUACCUUCUGCUCUAUGUGCCAGGCAUCAUCUACUCCUGUACAUUAAUGAAUCACUUUAGAUGUAAUUGCCAAUUCCGACGGAGUGGGGAAAUACUUUUUUUACCCAAGCCUCAGAAAAAAACACACAAGAACAAGAACACAGCCAAUUUAUGGGAGAAAUGUUGUGGGUUUUGACUAAGGUGUAUGUUAGUUUUAUCAGAAACUUAAAAUAUUGACUGAUCACUCAGAAAUUAAAGUCCGUUCUACUGUGAAUAUAGCAAUAUAGUACUGGACACAGUACAGGUGAAACUGAGGACAGCAUUGCUUGAAAAUAUCCUAGGUUUCUAUUUAAAAAAAAACACUGAAGGCUCCUUUUAAAAAUAAAAUCUGAGGAGUGUAUAGUAAGCAAAUGCUUUGGCUUUCCUUUGCUGUGGAGGUUUUGGGAUUUUUGCUGACAAAUGGAAGACUAGAAUCACAUGGAGAAAAUCUGCCCUCUCGUGGAAGAAAUAUUGCCCUCACCCCAUUUGAAAGGCAGGAACCAUUUUGUGCUGAGUCUCAAGCAUUCAGUGAAUCUUGUGACUUUUUCACCUCUGUGAAACAGAGGCUCUGUGGACAUCUCGGUGAUCAAAAAUGGAAAUGAUUGUUAAAUUGACUUCAAGCAGACAUUUCCUGCCAAAUUUAGUGAAAGUUGAAACGAUCGGUGUGGGUAGUCGUAAGAUUAAAAAAGCAGUGAGUUGUAUAAUGUAAAAAAAAAUUCGCCUUGGGGAAAUGUAUUACCAAAUAUCAAUAGUAAUCUCAAAUCAAGUCGUUCUUCCAAUGGGUGAGAUUUGGGGAAAAGAUGGAGGAGUUUUUCUCAGGAAAGUGGUAAAAAAAAAAAAAAAACCGCAAAAGAUUAUGACUUGUUUCUGUGGAACCUCUUAGCACUGUGUAAGUCAGAAUUGCCUCAGCAUUUCCAUGACGCACAUUAUGCAAACCUCUUUAGCACUAUUUUAAGUUUGAAAAGUUUUAAAAUGGAGGGGAAGGGGGGAGAUUUCCACCAACUGAAUCAUUUGUGCACGUGUAUAGCUCAAAGAGCUUAGACUUCAAAUAUAUCUGGUGAAUGAC